GCGACUAGCUAAACUCCAUUGCAUCAGAAAGCGCCAAAAUCGUCGUAAGAAUUCAGCGGAAGGGAGAACGUUGUCGCGCAAAUUGAUUCGUCAUUCCAUAUCUCGAAUGUACGCGAAACGUCCACAAAUAAGGAACUUUGGUGCUCGUCCGUAUAAAAACAUUCACCACCAGCUGUCGGAACUGGUUAUUCGAUCCGGGACCUUGUGCGAGGCAAGGCUUUGAAAGUAGAAGUGACUCAUCGUGGACAAAGAAGACCGAGCGUUUGGUCUACAGGAGUGAUAAGCGGAACCCGGAAAUUCGAAGAUACAAGGUUGAGCGAUGGAGCUUCCGCACUUGGGCAAACACUGCUCGGAGCAGUACUGCCACAAGCUGGACUUUCUGCCGAUGAAGUGUGAUGCCUGUGACGCGAUAUUCUGUUCCGAUCACUUCAGCUACAAAGAUCAUGCUUGUCCGUCCGCCUACAAGAAGGACGUCCAGGUGCCGAUCUGUCCGUUGUGCGGGGAACCGGUGCCUACCCCGCGGGACGUGUCGCCCGACGUUACGGUUGGAGCUCACAUCGAUCAGCAGUGCCGCUCGGAACGGAAGAAAAUCUACACCAAUCGCUGCUCGUACGCGACGUGCAAGAAAAAGGAAUUGAUUCCGGUCAACUGUACCGUGUGUCGGCUGAACUACUGCCUAAAACAUCGUCACACAACCGACCAUGAUUGCCAGGGGCCCGCCGCCGGGCAACGGAAUCUUGUAGCGACGGCGGCCAUUCAGCGACAAACGACUAAAGCUCCCACUGCGGGAAAACCCGUUGUGACAAGUCGACAGACAGGUCCCGGAGCGGGUUUCGCAGAGGUUACCAGUACGACCAGCACCAAUCAUUUAGCCAUUGUUCAGGGUAGCAUGUCCGAAGAUGAGGCCCUGGCACGUGCAAUAGCUUUAUCGAUGCAGCAAGAAGAAGACGAAGCCCAACAAAGGCGGACACGUGAAGAAAGAAACCCUGUCAGUGCACCGAGACGGAUCGCUGUCGGCAACGGAAGCUCGUCCUCGGGCGCUGCCAAAGAUCGUUGCAAUCUCUCGUGAGGGACUCCGAGCACUCGAUUUCCAGUCGGGAUCAUUCCAUUAUUGCUACGACAAUCGGAUGAGCAACGGAGGUUGAAAAAUGGUCGUCGGACGCCCGAGCCGAACUCUAUCUUGUCGGAAAAUAUGCUUUGUUUUUUAGCGACCGUUUUUGGCACAUCAAGAAGAGCACCACUGCUUUAGUACGCUACGAUAUAAGAGCACACUGGCUGCGCCACCAAAUGAUUGUUAGGUUCUCUGGGCCCGCGGAAACGAAAACUGGAAUACAUCACCCAUAUUUAU